AUCAAACAGCGUAGGAGCUAUUAGUGCGGGGAAGCUCACUCGGUCCGCAUCGAAUUAGUAGUGCGCGCAGCAGCGCAUUUUCGCCUGUCGCCGGCAUCAGUGUACAGAGGACACUAAGCUAUGGGUGGAAUAUGUUCUACGGCCCGCAGCACUCAGGUCGCACCGGUGCCUGGGGCCGAUGGUGGCAAGGGCAAGGCCCCCGUCGGAGGCUCCUCCGCUGGGGCACUCGCCACGCCGGCCCCGCUCGGGCCUGCGCCGAAGCUCGCGCCCCUCAAGGCCAAGCUUGCGCCGCUGGACACCAUUGGCAGCAGCGGCAGCACCACCAGCGCGCUCGCUCAGAAGCUGCUGCAGUCGCCUGUGUCCAAGCCGUCGACGCCCACGGCUGUGCAGCGCAGACUCAGGAGCACAUUUGUCGACGACGACCUACCUCCGCUGCCUCCCAAGCUGGCUACGGUGGGCAAGGGCGUGUCGCUGCGCGGGCUGCGCAAGGUGCGCGACGCCAUUCGCGCGCACUUCGGCCCGGAGCGCUACGCCUCCGUCUCCACCGCAGAGGUGUGCAGCGUGUGGGUGAAGCCGCUGACGGCCAAGCACGGCCGCUGUCGGCUGGUGGAGGUGCCGGGGCUGCUGGACCCGGGCGGGGGCGAGGUGGGCCGCCCGCUCUACUUCCUCAGCCACGCCUGGAGCAACUCCAUCGAGCUACUGUUCAGCAAGGUGUUUGAGUUCCUGUCCAGUGCCUCGGACGAGGACACGCGUGUGUGGCUGGACGUGUUGGCGGUGUGCCAGCACGAGGACAGGCAGCCCGAGCACAGGCACGACAUCGGCGCCUUCCCUGACGUGGUCAAGGCGUGCAGCAGCGGCACCCUGGUCAUCAUGGACCUCAGCCGCUGCAACCCCGCCAGCCGCGCCUGGUGUGUGUUCGAGUGGGCGCACACGCUAGCGGCGCACGGCCCCGACGGCCUGCACAUGGCGCUGGCCCCGGCGGAGCGCGCCGCCGUGUUCCGCGACCUGGACGUGGAGGCAGCCAACUGCUUCCGACCCGAGGACAAGGAAAUGAUCAUGAAGGAGGUCCGGCAGCAGCACGGCUCCGCCGCCGCCUUCAACUCCAAGCUGAAGCUGCAGCUGCUGCUGGAGCCGCUGUCGUACAGCGUGGACCUCAGGAGGUUGCAGGAGCGCUCCCGCGACACCGCCUGGGACUUCACCGCGGUGGAGCACUGGCUGCAGCAGGGCGCGGCGGCGGCGGCGGCGGCGGCGGCGGCAGCCAGCACGCCAGGAGGCGGCGGCCGCGACGGCGGUGGCGGUGGCGGCGGCGGUGUCACCUGGGGUGGGGCGUACGGAGCAGGCGGCGCGGCGGCGGCGGCGGCGGGGACAGGAGCAGGCGGUGGUGGGGUCGGCGCCGGGGCGGCAAAGGCCAGUCGAGCCAUGUGCAUUGUGUCGGGCGCGGGCGAGGGCAAGAGCACCAUCUCCGCCGAGUUCGUGCGUCGCUACGAGCAGCCCACACACACGCCCGGCGGCAACACCCGCCACGGCAGCCACCACAGCGGCAGCCACGCCCGGGGGGGCUCGGGCUCCGGCUCGGCUGCCGCCCCAGGCUUGGGUAGUGGUGGUGGUGGUGGUGGCGGUUUGCGGGUGGCGGUGGCGCACCACUUCCUCAAGUACAACGACCAGCGGCGGCUGGAGCCGGUGCGCAUCAUCAAGUCCCUGGCCUUCCAGCUGGCCAGCAGGAUGCCUGCUGUGUGCGCCUGCCUGCUGGAGGCUGACGUGGCGGCGGUGGCGCAGCUGAGUGACGUCAGCCGCGCCUUCGAGCUGCUGCUGCUGCGGCCGCUGCAGCUGGCAGGGGGGGGCGGAGGGCGCGACGUGGAGCCCGUGGUGAUUGUGCUGGACGCGCUGGAUGAGGCAGACCCGGUGGUGCCGUUCAGCGCCGCACUGGCGGCCGGCGGCGGAGCCAGCGCUGUGCUGGACGGCGGCGGCGGCGGCGGCGGGCGCUGUCCUGUGCUGGUAGGCAACCGGGCACUGCAGCUGCUGACCACACAGCUGCAGCGGCUGCCCGGCUGCGUGCGCUUCUUCGUCACCACCCGCCCGGACGCGGCGUCGGGACAGGUGGUGGCGGCGCUGGAGCGGACCUUCGCUGGUCAGGGCGGUGCCUCCUUCCUGCAGCCCGCGCAGCUGGUGCGGGCAGUGGGGGCGGCGGCGGCGGCGGCGGCAGGGGCGGGGGCAGGGGCGCAGUCCCAGUCUGGUUCCACAGCCGAAGGCACAACCUCGCAGUCCGGGGCGGCGGCGCCGGCGGCGGCGGCGGCACAAGCGUCCGGCGGCAGCGGCACUGGCGAGGGCGGGGGCGGGAAUGGAGGGGGCGCGGGGGCGGGCGUGGGCGUGAUGGUGUAUCACACGGUGGUGCGGGCGUGUCUGGAUCCGGAUGACGAGGAGGUGACGGCAGCUGGCGGCGGGGCAGGCGGGGGAGCAGAAGCAGGAGGGGGCGGGCCGCGGCCGAGCCAUGCCGACGGGGAGGCAGGCGGCAGCAGCACACCUGGCACGCCAACCAACAGCAGCGCCGGCGGCCGCGGCCUGCCGCCGCCGCACCCGCUGCCGCCGGCGGCGGCGGCGGCUAGCAAGAGCCGCCGCGGCAUGUCGUUGUUCGCCUACCUGUCCUCGCAAGCCGGGCCCUCCGUCACUGCCGGCAGCGGCAACAGCACCAUUGCGGCGGGCGCCGCCCGCGGCGGCGGCGGUACGGCAGGCCACGGCGGCGCGGCGGACCUGACGGCGCUGUACCGGGUGUACGGCAAGGUGUUCCGGAAGGCGUACGAGCAGUACGACGACGCCGUACGGCGGGACGUGGGGCGGCUGCUGGAUGUGCUGAUGGCGGCGCAGGAGCCGCUGCCGCACAGCCUGGUGCAGCAACUGGGCCUGGGCGGCGUGGUGCCCAAGCUGCCCGGCUUCCGCACCCUGUUCUACGUGGACGAACACCACCUGUUCACACUGCACAAGAGCCUGGCGGACUGGCUACUGCUAGACGCGGUGGGUGUCGGCACGGAGGGCACAGGCAGCCGGCCCGGCAGCAGGCAGAGCUCGGCUCGGGCGGGAGCGGGCGGAAACCAGUCCUUUGCGGCCGGAGGUGGCGGCGGCGUCAGUGGCUUCUUCUCGCGGCUUCAGGGCCGCCGACCCAGCGCCCGGACGAGCCCACUGGGGAACGGCGGAGGAGGGGGAGGAGGCGGCGACGCGAGUCAUCGGAUCGGGGGCGCGGGCGCGGGCGCGGGUGGGCACGCCUCCCGCGCCGCCAUGCAGAGUGAGGCUCUGGCCGUGGCGGCGCAAGAGGCGGCGGCGGCGGCGGCAGCCAGCGCGCCGGGGCCGUCCUUCGCCAUCGACGUGUCACAGGGCCACCUGUUGCUCGCCCGCCACCUCGCCGCCAGCCGCGGUGCGGGCGGCGCGCCCUCGCGCUACUGCCUACAGUACCUGGUGUCGCACCUGGCGGCGGCGGGCCCGGCGGCCGGCGGACUGCUGGACCAGGUGCUGGGCAGCUUCGGGUUCGUGGAGGCCGUGUUCGCGGCCGGCUACGGGCCCAACCUCAUCCGCGCGCUGGGCGCCAUGCCGCCCGGCGCCGCCACCCGCCUCAGCCGCGACGCGCUGCGCUGGCUGCGCGCCCGCCAGCACGACAUCGCCGCCGCGCCCGCCGCCGCCACCGUACUGCGUACCGCCUGCAUGAGCCCCACCUCCUCAGAGCUGUACCGCCUGGCCGCGGCGGCGGGCGGCGGCGGCGGCGGCUGGCGUACGGCUCUGGCGGUGCCGCCGCAGGAUGUGUGGCCGGCCGACAUCGCUGUACUCAAGGGCCACACCGGCAACGUGACUGCGGUGUUGUUCGGACGCGACGGGCGGCAGCUGGUGUCCGCGUGUGGCGGCGGUGCCGAGCUGCGCGUGUGGGACACCAGCAGCGGCACAUGCACGGCAGUGCUGCAGGGUCACACCGGCGACGUGACCUGUCUGGCUCUGUCGCAUGACGGCAAGAUGCUGGCCAGCGGCGCCAAUGACAUGACCUGCAGGCUGUGGAUGGCGGCCACGGGGCAGUGCACCGCCGUGCUGAGGGGGCACACGGGCGGCGUCACAGGAGUGGCCUUCAGUCCGCCCGAGCGCGGCUCCCCGCCCCGCCUGGUCACCUCCUCCUCCGACAACACAUUGCGCAUCUGGUCCGCGCUGCCCUCCGCACCCCUGCCGCCCGGCUCCGCCUCCUCCGCCUCUUUCUCCGCCGCCGCCAAGGCUUCCCAUGCCCUAUCCCGCAUGCGCCCGGGGGCGGGCGGCGCCGGCGCCGGCGGCAAGGCCAGGGCGCCCAUAUUUGGCGGCUCGGGCGCCUCCACCAUGCCAGCAGGCGGCGGCGGCGCCGGCGGCGGCGCCGGCGGCGGCGGCGGCGGCGGCGGUCUGAGCCUGCACACCAGCGAGGCGCUGCUUGGCAUUAUCGGAUCUUCGGGAAGUGUGGCGGGCUGGGGCUCGGAUGUGGUGCUGCAACGCGGCGGAAACGGCGGCGGCGGCGGUGGUGCGUUUGGUCAGGAGGAGGAGGAGGACGCGGCCACGGGGCACCAGCUGCAUGCCUGUCUUGCAGUGCUGAGGGGCAAGGACGGCAGCGGGGCGCAAUGCAUCGCCUGGUGCCCGGGCGGCAAGCGGCUAGCGGGCGGUCACGGCGCCGAGGUGUGCGUGUGGAGCGUGCCCACCGGCAAGGUGGCGGCGGCGCUGGCGGGGCACGGCGCCAACGUGUUGGGCGUGGCGUGGUGCGGCGCGGACGGGGGGCGGCGGCUGGCCAGCUGCGGCUGGGAUAACACGGUCAAGGUGUGGGACACCCGCAACAACAAAUGCAUGGCCACACUGUCAGGCCACACCGAACUGGUCCGGUCCAUCGCCUGGAGCCCUGACGGCCGCCGGCUGGCCUCCGCCUCCUCCGACUGCACCCUGCGAAUAUGGGACACCACAUCCACCGCGGCGGGAGGCAACAGCAUGGGGCCCGCGGCGGCGGGGCUGGGGCUGGGGGGCGCCGGCGCCGCCGCCGCGGUGGCGGCCGCCGCUGCAGCUGGCGGCGUGCGCUGCGCAGCGGUAGUCCGCGGCACGGAGUGGGUGACGGCGGUGUGUUUCAGUCCCGACGGCCGCUCCAUCGCCGCCGGCAAUGUGGGGAAGGAGCUGAGGCUGCUGGAUGUGGCGGCGUGCGAGGCGGAGCACGCCGCUGCCACCACCGCACCCACUGCUGGUGGUGCAGCGGGCAGUGGCAGCGCGGGGCAGGUGCUGCUGCAAUCGUCCUCGCUGACGCGCCGCGGCGGCAACCCGCGGCUGGCGCAUCUGGCCCACCCUGCCGUGUCCCACUCCUCCGCGGCUGCGGACUUCUCAGACGACGCCUCCUCCGCGCCCGCAUCGCCUUCUGGCGCCGGCGCCGCGGCGGCGGCGGCAGCAGCGCCCUUUGCCAACUCGGCGGCGCACGCGCACACGGCGGAUGUGACGUGCCUGGCUGUGAGCCCCGACGGCCGGCUCAUUGCCUCGGCCAGUGAGGACCGCACAGUCAGGCUGUACGACAGCGGCACGCUGCGCUGGCGCGCCACGCUGGAGGGCCACAGCGGCUGCGUCACGUGCGUGGCCUGGGCGCCGCCCUCGCCCUCGGCCGGCUCCCAGAUGCACCUGGCGUCAUGCUCACACGACCUGUCCGUGCGCGUGUGGCAGGUCGACACGGAGCUGGUGGGCGGCGGGGGCGGGGGAGGAGGUGGGGUAGGAGGAGGUGGCGAGGGGCCGCUGAAGGCGCGGUGCGUGGCGGAGCUGACGGGGCACACGGACCGCGUCCGCAGCGUGGCCUGGAGCCCGGCGGGCGGCGGCGCGCUGGCGAGCGGCGCGGAGGACAACCACGUGCGGCUGUGGGCUGUGGGCGGCGGCAGCGGCGGUGGCAGUAGCAGCAGCAGCAGUAGCGUGGCCACGCUGUGGGGCCACGGCAACUACGUCACGUGCGUGGCGUACUGCCCUGCCACGAGCGGCGGAUCCGGCAGAUCCAAAACCGGCCGGGGCUCCGGAUCCGGAUCGGGAUCGGACCAGGAGCUGCUGGCGUCUGGAUCCCAGGACAACACCAUCCGGCUAUGGGACACCGCCUCGCGCCGCUGCGUGCGCGUGCUGUCCGGCCACGACCACUAUGUGGCGGCGCUGGCCUUCUCGAGCUGCGGCGCCUUCCUCGCCUCGGCCUCCCUGGACCAGAGUCUGAGGCUGUGGGACACAUCGCCGGAGGCCAACGCGCGCGCGGCGGCGGCCAUGGCGCGGACAGGCGGCGGCGGAGGAGGAGGAGGAGGCGGGGGUACCAGCCCGGGGGCGCUGGCGGUGCUGCGCGGCCACUGCCACUUUGUGAACAGCGUGGCUUGGGCGCCGCGGGGGGAGGAGGAGGACGAGGACGAGGGGGAGCAUGGGGAAGGAGGCGCGAUGGUGCUGGCCACCGCGUCCACGGAUGAGGGCGUGCGUGUGUGGGAGGUGGAGGCGGGCGGGCGGGAGGGCCGGUGCACGGCGGAGUUGUGGGGACACGCGGGGCCGGUGUAUUGCGUGGCCUGGGUGCCGGCCGCGGCGGCGGCGGCGGCGGCUGCGGCUGGGGGCCGGGCCGCCGCCACGCUGCGUGUGAAGGGUGGCAAAGGCAAUGACAAGGGCCAGAGUGGCAAGGCCGGCGCGGCAUUGGUGAGCGGCGCGGCGGACAAUGUGAUUAGGCUGUGGAGGCGGCAGUAGCAGCUAGACAGGUAGGGCAGGUUGGGGCGGCAGCAGCCCCUGCCAUUGCUCGGCGAAGGAGAUGGAGAUCGGGGACCAGAAGGAUUAAUCAAGCAUAGUAAUGAGCAUAUGGACUCUGAAUCAAGCUGGAACAUGCUUGACAGCUUGUCACGUGAGGUGUGUGCUCCUGCUGAAACAAGCUGCUUUUGGAAGAGGGAUCGGUGGCAUAUGUGCCAAGCAUGCAUGGGACAGCUCUACAGUAUUGGUUUGCUUGCAACGAGUUGCGUUGGCACGGCAGUGGCAUGAAGAGAGUGGCGUGCAUGCAUGGCGCCGUAGCGCAGCAUAGCAUAGCACCACGAAACCUGACAACCGUGCUACCGUAUUCUUUCAUAGCACGCCAUGGAGGCGAAAUGAGCUAUGAACAUAUGUAUGUGCGCACACGUGUGUGUGUGUGUGUGUGUGUGUGUGUGUGUGUGUGUGUGUGUGUGUGUGUGUGUGUGUGUGUGUGUGUGUGUGUGUGUUAAAGAGCACAAGGAAAACUUUACGCGUAGGACAGUGUAUGCGAUGCAGAGUUACGGUCGCGGAUUACCUAAAGAGUAUAUUUUACCGCAGCCGACGUGUGUGUGUCUGUGUGUGUGUCUAUGUAUGUGUGUCUGUGUGUCUGCACAACUCAUGUGCCGCUACACACGCACGUUCAGACAGCAGCCAUGGACCUGGGGGCUUGCGGCGUGGCUGGCGGCUGCUUGUGUCGAAGGACUCUCCCCCGCACCCUUCAAGGUGCAAUUCUGCUCGCUUAUGUCUGUAUGAUAGAUGGCAAGCCCUGAAGCAACCAUGUAAGACCUCAUGCUUGACCGACCCGACGUUGCGUGAGCAAAGGUUGCAUGAAGGAAAACUACGACCGCAUUUGUUCAUCUUUGUUAACUUCGCAUUCACAUCACAACAUGCUGCUCAGUAGCGCUGCCACGCUGACUCUCGAGCGGCCAGUGGGUGUGGGCGGAACGCCCGCCAAGAUGAGACACGAUGAGAGGCACGGCCGAUGGCACCGAGUUAAGCCAUCACCACGCCCAGUGUUCCGGCCAGUUGUAAUAGAUCCACUGU